GGCGAAUCCGUACAGGCCCUAACCCUCUUAUGGAUCCCCAAUCCAGGAUCGUUCCUCGAGGAAGACUCAAAGCAAGCCUCCGGUAAUUAUUGUCUUUAAAGUCGUCAAACCAAGCCGAAUUCGAUCGCUUCUGUUAGCAACAUAGACCAUGGCAUCUAAUUCGAAUUUAUUUGGUGUUGCUACGCAACCUCCUCCGCCGCGCUUGUCGCUGACUGCCGAGGAGCGCUCUAUGUACGGCCAGCUCUUCAAGUCUCUUGAUACUGAAUCGAUCGGCGUGGUCACGGGUGAAGUUGCUCGCAGCUUAUUCGAACGUUCCGGAUUGUCUCCCAUGGUUCUCGGCCGUAUCUGGCAAAUCGCUGAUGAUCAAAACAAUGGGUUUCUCAAUCAGACCGGUUUUGCUAUUGCGAUGCGCUUAAUUGGUUAUGUCCAGAGUGGACAGCAUCUGGCUCCUGAGCUAGUAUCUCGCCCUGGACCUCUUCCACGAUUCGGCGAAAGCGAGCCUCCCCGCAGUGUUGCUUCUCCGGCACUUUCCAAUGCCACCGGCAAUAAUGCAGUACCUCCGCUUACUCCAAAUGAUCGCAGCCGAUUUAUUCAGCUUUUUGAGAGUAGCACCUCAGACAGUCUUUUGCCAGGAUCGACCGCUCGAGAUAUCUUCCUUCGCGCCCAGCUUCCCACCGAUACAUUGGGUCAGAUUUGGAACCUGGCUGAUAUUCAUAAGAGAGGCGCUCUCGACUCCACCGAGUUUGUCAUUGCCAUGCAUUUGAUCCAAUGCACUCUCAACGGAUCGAUGCAGACUCUGCCACAGUCCGUCCCUCCAUCUCUAUUCACGGCUGCCGCUGCGGUUCAUGAGCGACCGAUGUCGCGAUCGAGCCUUCGAAGCAACACUUCUACCCCCCAGCUCCAGCACCCGCAGAUCCCUCCCCCCGUUUCGCAGCAGCAUUCGGGAAUGCCUCCGCCUCCGCGCACUCGUGGAUCGUAUAGUGCUCCUGUGUCUGCUCCCGUGCAGAGACCGAUGUCUACAGGAGGGUCGCAGACACAAUCGUUUUCCAGGGCUUCUUCGUUCCCUGUGCAGGACGACUGGUUGAUUACGCCUCAGCAGAAAGCGCAUUUUGAUAGUAUUUUUGCGACUGUCGACCGCGAAGGAGACGGUAGCAUCAGCGGAGAGAUUGCUGUGCCAUUCUUUAUGACCUCUAAGCUUCCGGAAGAUGUCCUGGCACAGAUCUGGGAUUUGUCGGAUAUCCGCAACUCGGGAUACUUGUCCAAGGACGAGUUUGCCGUGGCCAUGUAUUUGGUUCAGCAGCGCCUUUCUGGUGCCGAGCUUCCUACAGCUCUUCCCGAGGCGUUGGUUCCUCCUUCUCUCCGCCAGACCCAGCAGCCCCAGCAGCAGACAGGAAGCUCUUUGUUCUAUGGAAAUGAGUCGCAGCAGCAACAGGCACCAGUUCAGAGAAAUUUUACUGGUCAGCAGCAGCAGCAGCAGCAUCAGCCGCAACCGUCAGGGGAAUCAUCUCUGCUAGAUCUCUUUGACAUCGACGAGUCAGCAUUCAAGGCUCCCGCCGCCCCGGCACCGCAGUCUUUCUCGCCGACGCAGUCAUCGGCGACGCCUCAGCUGCCUCCUGCCAGAGAGUCGCCUCAGGUUCACGAUCAGCCUGUGUUUGCGGCUCCUUCCGUCACUUCCCCUCCGCCGCUCUCGCCCAGUAUCACUGGCCGUCAACCGUUCAAGCCGUCGUCUGCCUUUGGUCAGUCCUUGGCGCACCAGAAUACCGGCAGUGCCGCUCCGCCUGCCGCCUCGGUUGUCUCCUCGGCUCCUCCUUUGCCUCCCCUUCCUGCGGCGAUCGAGACCGCACCCCCGGCUACUAGUCCUACGCGUUCGUCCACUUACUCACCAGUGAGUGCUCAGAGUGCUCAAAACACCGGGUCGUCUCCUUUCGGAACCGGAGCGCCAGCUUCUCAUCCACAGACUAGCUUCGCUCCUCCUCCUACAACGUUUUCGCCUCCCCCUCAGCAGCAGACCCAGCAGCAGACUCAGCGGCAGUUUGAGCAACCGCAGAUCUCUCCUGCUAUCCCUCAGGUUUCUACCCCUGUUCAGCCUGCUGCACCUGCUCCUCAUGUCGAUGAAGAUCGGGAUAUCAAGCAAAAGAUCUCUGAAGAGGCUGUUCAAUUUGGCAAGCUUUCUACUGAGAUCAGCACUAUGACCACGCAAACAACCGCAUUGAAGGAUAAGCGCGCUAAGGCUGAGGCCGAGCUUGCCAAGAUGGUACAUUUGCGUACAGAUAUCGAUGGAAAGCUCCGUGGGUUACGAACUGCUUAUGAAUCUGAGGUAUCGAAAGUCAGAACGGUCGAGCAGCAGCUUGCUAUCUCUACCAACGAGACGGCUAAGCUCCGCAGUGAGCUCGCUGAGCUCGAAGCCGAAAUGCACACCGUCCAGGUUCAUUACCAGGAGAUCAUGUCGAACCUUGAGGCCGACCAGAACGAGAACGCGACCUUAAAAGAGAAGAUCCGGUUCUUGUCCGAGCAGUCUGCCAGCCUGAAGGCUGAGGCUGACAGGGCACGGGAGGAGUCUCGCCAGCAAAAAGGAAUGGUUGCUAGUAACAGAAACCAGCUUAUGAACGCCGAAGCUGAGCUUGGGCAGCAGAAGGAAGACUUGGCGAGCGCAAAGUCGGAACUUGCUGCUGCCACUGCUGCUGCCACUGCUGCUGCUGCUGCGGCUGUUCCGGCUGCGGCCGCCGCAGUAUCUUCUGCGGGCUCGGUCAGAUCUGUGGCCACCAACCCGUUCUUCUCAAAUAACUCUGAGUCGGCCUUUUCAUCGCCUGCUGCUUCUCCACCCGUUGCGUCGUCGCCUGUUGCAUCUCCUGCUGCUUCUGGAGCCAACAGCGCUUCCAUCUUUGAGAGCAUGUUUGCAGAUUUUGGGAGCGCUUCCGAGCCAGCUAGCACUUCAGAAGCGGCAGCUAUCGAGAAGAGUGCUGUUGCAGACUCUUCGGAACAGCAUGAAGAUCUUGCUAUCGCUGAGCCUUCAGACGCGGUUCGUUCGGUCGAGACAUCUGAGUCUUCUUCUCUUCCUCGCACUGGAUACGAAGACUCACUUGACGAGGAAAUGCCCUCGCCUGCAACAACCACAACAACCGCGACUACUUUCCAGACAAACAAUGCCGGUCCGAUAAGUAUGGCCGCUGCCUUUGCGGUCGGUGGCGCUGCGGCCGGAAUCCGAGCUGCUGAUUUGGAAAGUGUCUCGUCCUCGGUGCAGAACAAUGCACCCGAGUCUGUUAGAGAGGGCAUAUCGCGCCCCGAGUCUCCUAACAAUGUGACUGUUUCAUCUGUGACUGGAGGCCACUCUGCGCGUUCCUCUGUGUCAGUAGUUACUGCAUCGGAGGGCGGUGAUGACGGCGAAAGCGCUGCCGUGCCGCAGGACUCUCCGGUUUUGCAGUACACUGAAGCAAUGGAGCCCGAACUAAGCAUGGGUGGCGGCCAGCCCGCGGAGCCUAUCAAGGAAGAGCCCGCAAUCACUGAGCCGACUGCUGCGCCGGCCGAGGAGACCGAGUCUACGGAGAAGGAUCCGUUCGGACUCAAGCCCCAAGCCAAGGAGGAGUAUGCUGGAACUCGAGAGCAGUUCGACGCCGUGUUUUCGGGUCUGGGAUUGCUUCCAAAAUCCGGCACUGCCGCUGCGACCACCUCUGCAGCUGGUGCCGCUCCCGCAGUGGUUUCAGAGUCGGAAUUCUCUUCAGAAUACCCCCCUGUGGAGGAAGUGAGCCGAACUGUUGAGGCUGCAGAGCCUGAGGCUGCAGAGCCGGUCGAGGACGACAAUUCCUCGUCUUCGGACGACGAAGGCCCGGAGGAGCUAGGCGCUACUAUGCGCAUGGCCAGCAGGUCACCUCCAGCCCAAACAGAGUCUGCAGCAACGAUCGAGUCUUCUCUCAUCCCCUCUGAGCCGCCAGCGUAUUCUGUUUCCGACCCUUCUAUUUCUGAGCCGUCGGCACCUGCUGCCGAGAGCUCGCAGUACUCUGCCGCCCCAGAGGCUGUGAGAGAGGAGCCUGAGGCUUCCACUACUGCCCCGACCUCAGAUGACAUCUUUGCUUCUUAUGAAGAGAGCUUUGCUUCAGCGCCAGUCGCGACAACCGUUUCGUCGUCUGUGACGCCUGUCCAAGCGGCCGUUGCAUCGCCCUUUGACUUUGCUGCGCCGUCUGCACCUGCUGCUCAGCCGGAUGCAUUCGACUCCAUGUUUGCCUCUUUCUCUGCGCCAACCACCACCGCAGGUACCGCCGCCGCCGAGAGCGCUCCGCCCCUCCCUCCGAAAGUCCCUCUGAGCGCCCCCACGAGCAGCAUGCCAGGCGGCUUUGGCGCCGAAAACCCGGUUGACGAAUUCGAGAGCGCGUUCGCGUCUCUGGAGGAUAGUAAGAUCGUGACGUCUGAGGAGGAUCCGGCGAUGGCUUUUAGCAAGAAGACGUUUGAUGAGAGCGCGUUUGCGGAUUUUGAUAAGUUUUAAGUUUCCUUUCGAGUUUGAGUUUUAUUGUUCUAGAGAGUAGUUCACUUUGUCUUCUUGUCUUUGUGUUUGUUUUUGUGUGUUGUAGUUAUUAGUUGCUUUACUGUUAUAUUGUAUUGUAUCUGUAC